AUGGGAGACACGGUUUGGUUUUACUCUCUACUGGUGCUGAUGGGAGACCGGUUUGGGUUUUACUCUCUACUGGUGCUGAUGGGAGACCGGUUUGGUUUUACUCCUCUACUGGUGCUGAUUGGAGACCGGUUUGGGUUUUACUCUCUACUGGUGCUGAUGGGAGACCGGUUUCAGUUUUACAUCUCUACUGUGCUGAUGGUAGACCGGUUUGGGUUUUACUCUCUACUGGUGCUGAUGGGAGACCGGUUGGGUUUUAUCUCUACUGGUGCUGAUGGAGACCGUUUGGGUUUUACUCUCUUACUGGUGCUGAUGGAGAACCGGUUUGGGUUUUACUCUCUACUGGUGCUGAUGGGAGACCGGUUUGGGUUUUACUCUCUACUGGUGCUGAUGGGAGACCGUGUAUGUGACCAUAAAACAUAUUUUUUUUCUUCUUGUAGAAGUCAAGAUGGUGUCUGUUCAAUAGGACCCAAUCUGCUGCAGAGAACAGAGGGAGGAGGAGGAGCAGGAGGAGGAGGAGGAGGAGGAGGAGGAGGAGGAGAGGAGGACACAGAUCUGCAUGAGGACGAGACAGACCUCAAUCAGAAGAAGGUGGAGCUACUCCAGGCCCUGACUCUGAGCAUUACCUCCUUGCGGGAUGAGAAGGAGGUUCUGGCGGAGGAGCAGAGGAGGUUCCGGGCCCUAGGGGGCCACAUAGAGAGCCUGGUUCAGGAGCACUGUAAGCCCAACGAGAGGGAGAAGUACAAGAUGCUCAUCGGGGACAUGGAUAAGAUAGUCAACCUUCUGCUGUCUCUGUGUGGCCGGCUGGCCCGGGUCCAUAACGCUCUCUCUGCCCUGGACAGAGAGGAGGAGACAGAGGACAGCCAAGAGGAAAGGGAGUCCUUACAGCAGAAGCGCAGGCAGCUGUGUAGUCAGCACGAGGAUGCCAGGGAGUUGAAGGAGAAUCUGGACAGGCGGGAGCGUGUGGUACUGGACAUCCUGGGUGGGUACCUGACUGGGCCGCAGCUUAGAGACUACCAGCACUUCGUCUGUAUGAAACCAGCCCUGCUGAUUCGCCAGAGACACCUGGACGAGCUCCUAAAGCAGUGGGAUGAACAGCUCAGCAGGCUGGCUGAGAGUAUCCCUCCAGGGGACCACCAGGCCCAGCCCAGCUCACCUAUCCCUGGGUUGAACCCCAGCCUCGGCCCUAACCUUGGGGCUCCCAGCCCUAACCUUAGAGCUCCCAGCCCUAACCUUGGGGCUCCCAGCCCUAACCUUAGAGCUCCCAGCCCUAACCUUGGGGCUCCCAGCCCUAACCUUGGGGCUCCCAGCCCUAACCUUAGAGCUCCCAGCCCUAACCUUAGAGCUCCCAGCCCUAACCUUGGGGCUCCCAGCCCUAACCUUAGAGCUCCCAGCCCUAACCUUGGUCCUACCCACACAGUCCGCUCCACCACUGUGACAUCACUGUGACAUCACCCCAACAACAACACUGCUCCUGGUCACUCCUACAGUUGCUGUGUCUCUGACCCAGUGGGAGGAGCGCCAUGAGUCUGGCGAUGCAACAGUACUUGAUUGAAGAGAGAGACAUGCUCUAUAUGGAGCAGGAAGGAUGUCUGUCGGUCGGUCCCCUUGUUGCAGACAGACAGGUAGACAGGCAGACAGACAGGCAGACAGACAGACAGGCAGACUGCAUUCAGACAGACAGGC